AUGACAGCUCAAACGCCACCAAGGUCAAGGCCGCUGCACAUCCUCGUCGUCGGAGCGGGCGCCGUCGGCUGCUUUUACGCUUCCAGGCUGCACAAUCCUUCCAACGGCGUCCUGGUAUCGCUCGUGUGCCGGUCCAACUACAAGACGAUCGCAGAAAAGGGUGUCGAGCUAGAGACACACUCGUUUGGCAACUACCACUUUACGCCCCACCGCGUCUUUGCCUCAAUCCAGGAGGCCGCCGACAACAAGCCCGAGUCGGGCACGUGGGACUACGUCGUCGUCACCACAAAGGCGCUGCCGGACGUCACAAACGAUGCGCACGACAUCCGCCCGCUCGUCACGCGCGGCAUCGACGGCAGCUGCAUCGUCCUCAUCCAGAACGGCGUCGGCGUCGAAGAGGUCCACCGCGACACGUUCCCCGACAACCCCAUCGUCAGCGCCGUCACCGUCAUCAGCGCAGAGCAGGGGCGCCACGGCUUUGUCCGUCAGAACAGGUGGACGCGCAUCUCGAUGGGCUGCUUCACCAACGGCACCGGCAAGAAGCUCGGCGAACAGGACCAGGCACUCCUCGACCGCCUCACCCAGGUCGGCGACGCAAAGGUCAAGCAGCUCGUCUCGCUCUUUACCGACGGAGCCAUCAAGGACGCCGAGUUCUACGACGAGGUCGGGCUGCAGCUCGUGCGCUGGCACAAGAUCUGCAUCAACGGCUCCAUGAACCCCUCGGCCGUGCUGAGCGGGGGCACGGGCAACGCCCGGAUGUCGCUCGACCCGGAGCUGCGCCGCCACCUCCACGCCUGCAUGCAAGAGGUGUUCGACGCCGUGCCAAAGGUCCUCGGCCGCCGCUUUCCCGACAAGCUGGCCAGCCCGGAAAAGAUCCUCAAAUCGACCGAGCGCAACACCAAGGGUAAGCCCUCGAUGCUCCUCGACUGGCAGGCAAACCGUCCCAUGGAGCUCGAGGUCAUCCUGGGCAACCCGGUCAAAAUCGCGCGUCGCCACGGCGUCGAGAUGCCGCGGCUGCAGAGCCUCUACGCGCUCCUCAAGAUGGCGCAGGCGCGGCGCGACGAGGACCUCAGAGAAGCAAAGGCCAAGCUCUAG